UUAAAUGCAUUUCAUAGUUUGUGGCGAUUUUUACAGUUGUUAUUUAUUACUACUAUUAUUAUACUUUAAAUGAUUCCCAGUAUUCCUAAUUAAAUCAGGACCUGCAUGAUAACGCAGUCAAAAGUACAAAACGCGGAUUAUAUUUAUGCGUCUCAACUUUUGUAAACAUUGAUUGUGCAAUUUGUGUAUUUGUGUUUAUAACAAUCUGUGAUAAGUAAAGUGGAAAAUGGCCAAUAAGGACGAUUAUUUGACAAAUUACCGAGAAUUUUUCGAAUAUUUUGCUCAGACUGUCGAUCCAUGUGAUCAACUACCUGUAAAACUAGCCAGUUAUAAAUUGGUUAAUGUUGAGGUUGUCGGCGCCGUAAUUGACUGGACGACACAAUAUCUUUCACAAAAGAAUUGUCCUCCAUACUUGUAUGCACCCAUUAUUAAGAUUGUGAUAGAUGAAGUAAGAAAGGCGUGCAAGAAGGAUCCUUUGGCUCAUGGAUUUAACAAAGAGAAAAAUGCUUAUGAACCACUGAAGUUAAUGCAAUCUGUGAUGGCCAAAACGAACGAAGUGUGCCUUCGUUACCUCGACAACAGCAUGCUCUGCUCACUGCCUAUUCCUUCUGGUUACUAUUUUCCAACAAGCAUAUGCUCCAUUAGGAACAGAAGAAGAACAAUGGAAGAUAGACAUGUAGUUAUACAUGAUUUAAGCACUAUGUUCCACUUACAGGAUGCUACUCCGUCCAGUUACUAUGCAAUAUUUGAUGGCCAUGCUGGUCAAGAUGCUGCAGUUUACAGUUCCGCUCAUUUACAUCAGUUCCUAGCUGAAAACAGAUAUUUUGUAAGCAAUCCUACGCAGGCAUUAUUAGACGCCUUUUGCAAGACUGAUGCUUUGCUUCUCGAGAAAUGUAAAGAUGAAAAAUUAAGCAGUGGAACUACAGCCGUUGUUGCCUUACUAAGACCUAAAGAAAAAGUUUUGUACAUUGCAUGGGCUGGGGAUUCUCAGGCUUUGCUUGUCAACCAAGGCCGAGUGAUGCAAUGCGUAAAUCCUCAUAAACCCAAUAGACAGGAUGAACGAGACCGCAUAAUGAAAGCUGGAGGAUCAUGUAUGAUGUGGUAUGGAGUGUGGAGAGUAAGCGGACAGCUUGCUGUAUCCAGAGCUAUAGGUGAUGCUAACCACAAACCUUUUGUAAUCGCCAUACCAGACGUCAGGGAAAUCUCAUUAGAUGGAGGCGAGGACUUUUUAAUAAUAGCCUGCGAUGGUCUUUGGGAUUUUACCUCCGAAGAUGCUGCUGCACAACAAGUGUAUGAUAUGCUCGCUGAAGAUUCAGAGAACAUAGAAAGGGUCAGCAAGCGGCUAGCCCGGUGGGCCCAGUAUAGAGGUUCUAGCGAUAACAUUUCGGUGAUUGUGGUGUUCCUAAAGGAACCAUCGAAGAUCGCAGCGGAAGCCCAUCGUUGGGCAAACCGCAACGGUCCACCAUUUAACACAAUGGAUACCGGUGUCGAUAACGCGAACAACCCCUUCACGAAUUCGAAUGGCGCCGUCGCCAACGAUAAUAUCCAUUUGCAGAAGCAAAACGAAAGCCUGCUGCUAAAUAUCACAGACAAUUAUAAAUCGAAUGGAACUGAUCAUGCUGCAGACAUAUUGCGUACAGAAAAUUCGAAUGGCAAACGAUCAGCGUCGGAAUUCGACGAUGACGACUUUGGACCCGAAACAGACGUGGACGCUAUCGAUGAACCAAUUCUCUCCCCGAUCGAGAAGACAAAGUCGUUUAACGAUGGACUGUCCAAUAAUAAUCCACUGGAGGAAUCGUACAACCCGUUCCUGGAGCAUUUGGAAAAGGCUGCACUAGAAACCGAUUCCGAAAUUAUUAUCAAACCUGACAAAAUAGAAACAGAAGAUUUCAGCCAGGAUCGUAGAUCGCCGUCGCUUAGGGAAGAGACCCCUACUCCACCGGGAGAGACAGUUCAUGGUCCUACCGACUUAGAAGAAAACCAAGCGGAUAGUGAUUCUGAAGACGAGUGGAACUACUUCAAGGGAGACGAAGCAAAAAAGGGCAAUCCCUCACAACCCGAAACGGUUGUUGAGUGUUCAGAAGAGGACGCGAUGUCGCAGUUGAACCCAAAUGCUGCCGAAUUUGUUCCGGUUUCACCUACGAGGAGCAUACCGUCUCCGGCUUGUAGGGCGCUAAUCAACGACGAAGUAAUAGCCCAAUCGUCGCCAAAGAGGCCGCUCAAUAUGGAUAUAAAUGUCCCUAGCGAAAACGAUUUUGACAAGGAGGUGAAAUCGAGACCAAGCGAUGUCGCUGCUUUGGACAAUGGUCACGAUGAGAGCGAUAGUGACCUUAACACUACCCCAAAUGAUAACAUGGAAAACUUGCUGAAUGGCAAAAGCAUCGAUGAAAUACCAGAAUUUUAUCCCGGCAGUACGCCGACAAAAGUACUCGCUGCCUCUGAAGAGUUCCAUUUUGGGCCAAACGCUGCUCCAUUUACCCCAAAACUUUUGGACCAAUCUGAAGCUGCCCUAUCAACUAAGGCUGUGUAUGGUGACGAAUCUGUUGCCACUUUAGAUACAUCGUUUAGUGAAACAUUUAAUAAAGAAAAUAACGAUCCAAUGUCAAUGUCUUUCUCGGAGGAACGGGGAGACAGUAAUCCGUUCGAUUUAAAUAAGGUCCAAGUUUUGCCAGAUAAUUUUGAUGAUGAAAAAGAGGAAGCUCUGGAUGAAACAAUAUCAGAUUUGCCGGAACACUAUCCUUUAGGCAAACCUCUCAAUAAUGAUGAUGCUAUUCGGUCUAGUGGUUUCGAUAGACUUUCCAAAGAUGACGAGAAAGAGUUGGCAUCGCCGUUGGAACAAGAAAUUCCAGAUUUGGAGCAAGAAUCUCAUUUGUCAAAAACUCCUCAACCUACUGAAGAAAAUCUGCUAGGUGAUUUUAUUUGCAAUAAAACCGAAGUUGCAAUAGAUGCAAGCGGAAUUUCAAAAUCACCGCAUCCUGUUCAUUCAGAGGUUGAUGUUCAAAAUCUUUUAGAACCACCUUUUGUAUCUCCUUUACUAGAAGCUACAGAAAACCUAGUGGGAGACUUGCUUGAACCAAGAACAGAAUCGCGGAGCCCACUUGAUUUCUCUGAGUCAAAAUCUGCUUUAAGUGAAUCAUCUAAAGCAGAUUCACCUCUUCUUCCUGAAAUCUCCAAAGCUGAUUCACCUCUUUGCGAGUUGCCUUCUUCAAAUUCGCCAUUGCCUGAUGUUACACAAUUAAAAUUGCCGGAAACCCAAUCUCCUGUUUCCGAUUUACCAGAAAUCCAUUCCUCAAAGACUCCUGACCAAAAUGAAUCACUUUCUCCUUGCUAUAAACUACCAAAAGAAAAAUUACUGGAUGAUGACGCGGUGAGAACUGUUACACCGGACGCUGUUGAGGAACCCCGUGAAUAUAGAUCCGAGGACAUGUUUGACACUGAAGUGUCAUCUAAACCUCCAGAAGAUUUGGAGCCAAUCCCUAUCGAAUCUCCCAUAUUGACUUGCGACUUACAAGCUUCUCAUUUCCCAAGUGUAGAGGCAUAUGAAAUGAAAUCGCCCGAUGAUUUAUUGAUUGAUAGUGGUAAAGUUGAGCUUGCUGAAUAUACAAUAUAUGAUAUUUCACCAGCUGAAUUUAUUACCAAAGAUGCAUCCACUACUGUUGACUAUCUUGAAGAGAAACAAACGCAAGCUCAAGUGCAUUCAAGUUACCCUUCCGCUAUUGAGAAUUUAUCAAAUAUAGGGGAUGUGCAGCAGGAUAUAGCGAUUUUACCAGUGACGUCGGAUUCCUUGAAACCAGUUGAUGAUAUCCUUUCUUCAAAUGGGGAAGCAGCUUUGAGCGAGCAAAUUGCAAUUAAGACUGAAAAUAUUAUUCCGGAGUUUGCAGAACAAACAGUAUUGACACCUUCAGAAGAGGACAACAAACAAGUUUCUGAUAAACCUCUGAUAUUAGAGACUUUAAGCCAAGAACCAGAAGAACUAGAAAAAGCAGAGGAAGUGGUUGCGACGGUGGCAAUCCAAGAAGAGAUUAAAAACGAAGAGAAAAAAUCAACUACAUUAGCAAAGAAGCCAGCUCUUGGUAAAGUUGGACCCUCUAAAACUUCACAAAAAUAUCCACUGUCUCCAAAAGUAGCACCAACAAAACCAACAAUUUCGCCAAGAGUGCCCCCAAAGACUGGAUCUGUUAAGCCACCCGUUGCGAAAACAACACAACCUAAAACAUCACCCAAACCAAAGACAAUCUCUUCAACGACAACUGCGAAAUUGACAUCAAGAACAUCCGAUUCCAAAUUAACUAAUGGAGAAUCAAAAGCAGCCACUGCACGAACAACGGCUAUUGCUAGAAAGCCAGUUGGAGAACCAGCAGCAACUAAAGCAAUGCCCAAGGCAUCCCCAUCAAGCGGGAAACCUAGUCUGGUCAAGACAUCAAGACCGGUCACCGCGCCCAAGACUGUUCCUCCUCUGUCAAAGACAAGCACACUUCGUCUGGGGACUACCACAGCUACGGCCAAACCUAAACCAGCCACAGCAACCUCAAAAAAUGCAACCGCUACCAGCAAGCCUUCAAUCGGUGCACCCACUAAGCUGUCAUCCGCUGCGCCGAAAACACUUAGUGUCUCUCCAAAACCCUCUACGACCGUUCCCUUGGCGAAACCGAGAACUCUAACGAGUGCCGCCCCAAAACCCAGGGUGCCUCUGACAAAAACAAUAACGAAAAGUGCCGAUGUGGAAAAACAACACAAAGAAAGCGCGAAUAAACUUACGGCCUCACGAACAACCACAACGAAAACCAGCACGCAAAGUGCAUCCAGCAGGACGACCAGCACUACCGUAAAGAAGACAGAAAUUAAGCCUACAACUACAAACCGAACCGCCGCCAAAACUACAACUACCACAGCCAAGUCAACGUUAGGUAAGAAGCCAGGCGAAGUUAAAAGCGUUAGCAAAACGAAAACCACCAAAAUAGAAAAGCCCAAAGAAAAUGGUGUUUCUGCAACAAUUGUGACUGAAGAAAUCACUGUAGUCAAUAAUAUGGUGAAUGAAUUGGAAAGCCAACUUUUAAAAGAUAACUCGCCAAUUGAUAACAAGUUAACGGUUGAAAGUGCACUGAUAGGUGUCAAUAAUGCAGACUGAAAGUGUAGCUCUUUAUAAAUGCACUAACAUUUAUUUUUUAGAUAACUGUUAGAGUCCUAUUUUAGUUUUUUUAUAACUAUAUAUAUUAUACCCCUUAACUGUGUUUAUAGAGCUGUGUUAAUUUUUUAAAAGUUUGGGUUAAGUGGUGUGGAUGAACACCGGGCUGUAAAAUUUGAAAAGGCUAAAGUUAGUUUAUGUAAGAACAUAGUGGACUUGAUUGAUAAUCGACAUCCUUUUAGCUUCAGCAAUAACAUUCAUUUGGUACUUAAGUCCAGGGUUUCUCUUUUGGAAGCUGAUUUUAAAAUCAUAAUUUUUAUAUUGGCGUAACUUUAACUAUGUUUAUAUUCGCCGAAAAAUUACUAAGAAAUAAAAAAAAAAUCCUAAGUUAAGCUUCUUAUCGCUUAGGUGUGCUGAUGUGAUGCUACGCACUAUUCUUUUUGUAUAUAAUAAUUAAAAGUUAUAUUCGUAAAGUUUUUAUAUUGGGUGCUAAAACCACUUUGGCAUAUGUAGCGAUCGUUUGAGUAUCCAUGCUUAAGUUUUACUGCAUUUUAUUUUAUCAUACUUUAAAUAAACUAUUCAAUGUAUCCAUCGGUAUUUCAUUUUUUUUACUUAAGAUUUUGUUUUAAUGUUUAAAAAUUUUAUUAUUGUGUUUGUCUUAGUUUGCUAUUUUAUUUAUUGUGAAAUAUUUGAGCACAAAAUAAAAACUCUGAGAAAAAUGUUUUUUAUCU